AUGGGUGUUUUUUCAAAUCCCCUGACACCACCAUCACCACCGAAUGGUCUGUCCAAAUCAUUGUCAUCAUCAUCGUCGUCGUCAUCAGGCUAUUGUAUAUUUGUUAGUCAUUUACAUCCCAGUGUAACACAAUCGGAUAUUAAGGAACUAUUCGAAGAUAUUGGUGAAUUGUAUGAUUCGCGAAUUAUUCGGCCUGGUGUAGCUGAAAUUAUUUUUAAGUCAUUGGCUCAUGCCGAGAAGGCUGUAGAUACUUAUCACAAUCGUCAAUUAGAUGGUCAACCAAUGAAGUGUCUUUUGGUUAAUCCCAGAGCCUCAAAUAAACCCACAGCACCUGCAAUAAGAACUUCAAGUUCGCACUCAUCAAAUAAGACACCCCUAGAGAUUGAUAUAGAUGCUUUACAUAAACUGCUUUUCCGGCGUCAUUACAAACCAUUAUAA